AUGCCUUCUUCACACAGCAGGCUUUCUCCAGACCACCUUCGCCUGCGCCAGCACGGCUUGCUAUUCCUCGACGAUUCCCUCCAAGCUCGCGCCGGCACAACUCCUCCAAACCCACAGACCCGGAGCAAGGGCCAUGUCCGCAAUGUAUCCAUGCGACUGGCCCGGCGUCUCAUUUCUCGGUCCUCGGAGCUUGGUGGCGUUGUCCACCGACCCACCAAAGAAGAUCUGCUCAACGCCGCCAACAGUUGGUGGGAGCGACUGCGCAUUCGUCUCAAGUGGUUCACUAUCCGUGGAUGGCGGAGGUUCAAUACAGACGACCUGAGUGCCUUCUUCAGCUGGUUCAUUGUCGGAAACACCCUGUGGAUUCUUGUUGGAACAACCACAUUCGUCGCUGCAGUCAUCGCCACCCUCAACUCGCUGUCGAUGCAGGAAUAUGUGGCACGUUGGAUCUCCGACUAUUUAACUUCGGCCGCUGGCGUCACCGUAAUCUUUGAGUCUGCCAUCGUUCCUCGAUGGGGUGCCUCCACGAUUGCGUUCCGCAACGUCUACGUCUCCCGCCGUCCGCAAAACGCUCUUGCGGAGAGCGACGAUCAGCCUCACGGUAACAAGCGCAAGACCGCCACCGCCAAGCCCCCUUCUCCCGUCGCCUUUUUAUCUUCGGAUAUUGACCAAGGAUAUCUCCAUCCACCACGAGCAGCUGAGGCUGACAACUACACAAUGUUCGACAUCAACUUUGAUGAAGUAGAGGUCACCCUUAGCUUGCGAAGGUGGUUGGACGGCAAGGGCUUGGUCAAAGACGCAACGGUCAAGGGCGUGCGUGGAGUCAUCGACCGAAGGUCGGUUUGGUGGGACAUGUCCCUAAACCUUGACCCCGCCGCCUGGCGACACCCGACCUACAAUGGCGAUUUCGAGCUGGAAUCGUUCCAUGUCGAAGACUUCCUCGUCACUGUGUACCAGCCCGGUGGCCAGCGGCCGUACAACGUGUCCAUUUUUAACGCAACGUACGGCCCAUUCCGCAAGCGCUGGCUCUUCUACGACAUGAUGAGUGCUGAGCAGAUGACGGGCCAGUAUGACAACUGCCUGUUCAGUCUACACAUGCCUCAAAAGCUCGGCAAGUCGCAUGGUCUCGUCGACGACAACGUUAAGCGCAUGGCCCGGUUCCGCAUCGACGGCCUGCCCAUCGAACAUGCCCAGUACGCGUCCGGCCAUGAGGGCCCAAUGGCGUGGCUUACGUCUGGCAAAUUGGAUGCCGUGCUCGACAUCAAGUUCCCUGCUCACCCCGAUGACGACAUUGACGUAAAAGCUAUCUUUCAGGAGAUUGGUCGCAAUGUGACAAGCAUCACCACCUCAGGUCUCCACCCCGACGACGCCGCUGGCGAGCACAACUUCAACUCGAACACUCGUAUGCACGACACUGUGUCUGCCAGCGACAGCAACCUUCUCCCCGGGCAGCACCGUCUCGCGCGUCCUGCGCUGCGUGCCCCCGAAGGCAGCAAGCAUCUAGAGGACAAGCCCCAGGUCACAAUCGACGUUGACCUCCGGUUCCGUGACCUGAAGGCUGCUGUGCCCGUAUUUACGAGCGACCUGAGCGUGACCAACAAUGCCCUCAUCCGCCCCAUUGUCGCCUUCAUCAACGCGAACCGCACCCUGGUCCCCAUCCACUGCGAGGUCGCUGCCGACAUUUCCGACUUUGACGGCUCUUGGACCCUCUUUGAGACGGGUCUCAUGACGUCCAUCUCGGACCAAAUCUAUGCCGCUAUGGCGUACCACGUUUCCUCGGAAGCCGCAAACUCCAAGCGCAUCCGUCAGGUCAGUGUGUGGGGAAUCCAGCGGGGAGCCGAGGUGCUCCUCGACACGCUCCGCAUCAUGGUCGACCCUGUUUACGGCCAACCAAUGGCCACUCUGUAG